UUAUAAGUUGUACAACUGCAAACGACUUAAGCCAAGAAAGAAAAGUCACUCCGCUCCAAUGGCUUCCAAGACCCUUCUUUGCCUCUUAAUUUGCCCUCUUCUCUUUCUCCAACUCCAUUUCUCAUCAGCCCAAACUGUUGUUGAAGCUUCAUAUUGGUUCCCAGAGAGUGGUUUUCUAGCCUCAGACAUAGACUCCACUCUCUUCACUCACCUAUUUUGUGCAUUUGCUAACCUAAGUUCCACAACCAACCAAGUUAUAGUUUCCCCCUCAAACAAUGCCCCAUUUUCCCAAUUCACAAGCACUGUCCAACUCAAAAACCCUUCUGUCAAAACCCUCCUCUCCAUCGGCGGCGGAAAGUCUGACCAAACCGCCUUUGCUUCCAUGGCUAGCCAAUCCGCCACUCGAAAAACCUUCAUUGACUCUUCCAUCGAGCUAGCUAGGUCUUAUGGCUUUCUAGGCCUUGACCUUGAUUGGGAAUACCCGAAAUCCGCUUCCGAAAUAAACAAUUUCGGCCUCCUCUUCAACGAGUGGCGGUCUGCGGUGAUGGCUGAGGCGACCGCUACCGGAAAACCGGCCCUAUUGUUGACAGCAGCGGUCAAUUAUGCAUCAACUGUUAAUGGGGUGAAUUAUCCAAUUCAGUCUAUUGCAAAUAGCUGUGAUUGGGUCAAUUUAAUGGCGUAUGACUUCUAUGGGCCCACACGGUCCAACGUGACCAACCCGCCAGCAGCGCUAUUCGACCCGCCGUCGGGUUCAGUCAGUGGAAGUUAUGGGAUCAAGUCAUGGAUUCAGGCCGGGCUAAGCCCAGAGAAGAUGGUGUUUGGUAUGCCAUUUUUGGGAUAUGCAUGGACACUUGUGAAUGCUGAUAAUCAUGGGUUUAAGGCUCCAUCUAGCGGGCUGGUCGGAUCGGAUGAGGGGGCAAUGGGUUAUAAGCAGAUCAAGGCCUUCAUAACCCAGAACCAGGCCACAACAAUGUACAAUUCUAGUGUUGUUUCGGAUUAUUGUUAUUCUGGAACAACAUGGAUAGGAUAUGAUGAUAUCCAGAGUAUCAUAGCCAAGGUUUCAUAUGCUAAGCAACAGGGAUUGCUUGGGUACUUUUCUUGGCAUGUUGGAGUUGACAACAAUUGGGCUCUUUCACAACAAGCCAAACAAACUUGGGGAACAUGAAGCAUAUUCCUAUCAGAGAUGCAUGUAUUCUCACCAGGAUUAACUAAAUAAAAAUGGGUUAAAUAAUGCCUUAACUUUGAAAUCUAAGAGGUAUUGUUAAAUAAGAUUAAUGAUUUAUGAUUA